AUGAACCCGACGGCUACCCAUAACAGUGAGUUAAAAAGUACCACCUACUCCCUUGUGCCAACUACCGCCACCAACGCUGCCAACCCCUCCGAGCUCAUUCCUAUGGGCCAGCAGCGACCUCCAUCCUACGGCAGCAGCGGUGGUGCUCGAUUCCACGACUCAUCCGCUUCUUCUUUCACUCCCCUCGUCACCGUGGACACGACUGGAGGCACUGACUUCCCUGAUUACUUUUCCCCUACUGCCUCCACUGCAUCCUCAUCCUUCAAUGCACCCUCUGCUUUCAAUUCUCACCAUUCGGUGCAGUCGACCUAUGCCUCACUAAUAUCAGAGACCGACCUCUACGCUGGCCGGCAGUUGGCUCAACCUCACCUGUCCUAUGUGAAUUCAGCGGGAGGGGCUCCGUCGCUGCAGCGCUUCAUUGGCGGUCUGACCAACAAGCUGCCGGAUCUGCAGUGUACAACAGGUGGAAAUAUGGACGUGGCAUACUCGACACCACACAUGGUCGGUCUGGCUGCCUCACCCCAUGCCAGCCUCAUCUCGCCCGCCUACUCACCCAGCUCCGUUACUACUCAAGGCAGUGGUGGUGGUGGCGGUGGGAGCUGUAAACGCACCGUUCUUGAUGCAGAUAGUAAACCUGGAGCUUUCAAAUCAAGAUCUAAAAAGGAGAGCCACAAUCGUAUGCCUUUGGUUGGCCUUGGACAGUCCAGAAGUACCGUUUUGGAUGCCAGAGAAAUUGAGGUUUGCAGAGACGGCCGAAGGAACAAGGGGACUGUUCUUCGAUUGUCAGUCAACUACAUUCUCGAACUGCGACAAGCUGUUGCGCACACAGCCAGUCUUCGCCAAGAGACUGCUAUUGCUCGACAACUCAUUCCCCUCUUGCUCAAUCACAUUCAGUCACUGGAAAGUGUCGUAAAGGAAGUGGAGAUGUCCACGGGAAAAUCGUUGGGCGGAGGUGGACAGGUUGCCUCAAGCCUGCUUGAGGAUGGCGGGCGAGUGUCCGAAAGCCCUGCUUACGAGGCCCUUCUUGAGGCCUGGCGCACGGCCAUGACCACCAACCUGGCCCGAGCUGCUGCUGUUGCCGCAAUGAACAACAACAGCGGAGAGAACCCACAAGAAAACAAAAUGGAAUCCUCUGAGAUGCCCUUAAUGUCGAACAUGCAGGUCACCUUCGUAGGAAGGCCUCCCACUACUACUGCUGGUGCUGUCGCCAGUCCCUACUUGCCCAACGCAAUAUUCAUGGGCGGUCCCGUUUGCAAACUGGAAGAAGGGGAAGAGGUCUGCUAUGGUAGCGGUGGAGGUGGUGAAAUGGCCAGCGGUGGCGGCGGAGGUGGCACCAACGGUGGCCAUAUGGUGGUGGGAGGUGUUUCACACACCAACGAAGGCACCACUGACGGUUUCUUUGAUUCGACAAACACAAACAGCAACAACAACAGCGGUGGUGGUGCCUCCAAAUUCGACCUCUCCAUUAUGCAAAUGACCUCUGCUGGGGGCGCCGACUGCGGGGACCCGAUGCAAGUGAGUCGAGUGCCAAAAUCACUGAGACGGGAAGACUCCAGUCGUCGGCAACGUUUGCAUAAUCUCCUCUCCCACUAG